AUGGGUAGCAAAUUCAGCGGUCCUGUGUUCAGGGUCGUUGGAUCCGAUUCUUCUGUAAUAUUCCAAAGAGGACUCCACAGCACAGUACCAACCUCAAGAAAGAGAAGCAACGAUUCUUCUGGCUUGGACUCUUCAGAAAGCACGUCAAAUGCUGGUGGUGGAAACGGUGCUGUGGUGAGUGGAUCACGUCACAAACCUCGACAUUCCGUCCAGCACAUGGCUCCUUCCUUUCGAGCCACCAAAGUGUUCUAUAGCACGGGAGAACUGGAGACGGUCAAUAUCCCAACGUUGGAACUGCUCAAAACUAGCAAGAUUCAUGCCCGGGAUUUGUUUGAUUUGCAAUUGACCAGUCGCCAGGAACGACGCAGUCGCAAGGCACUGGCACCCCGAGCCCUUGCGGCCAUUGUUUUGCCUCGUCCAAGGUCCAUUGUACUCAGUUUUGGUCCCAUUCGGGCCAUUGUGGGACGUCAGUUUGUCUUGUUCUUGGAUGCUCAUGAUGUUCUUGUGCAAGAUUUUGCAAAGGACCUGGCUGCCACGUUCAAGAGUAUCGCCAAUCAAAGUCGAUUCCAACAUUUGACCACGGUACAAACUUGCGAUGGCAGUACUUCGGCAGAUCACCAUCAUAAGGAAGCGGGGGAACUGAUUUUUCUAGAAGAAGUUCUACGAUACAGCGUAGAGAGCUUCGCCAGACGGUUGAGGCUCUAUGAUCCCAUUGUCCAUGCCUUCCUAGAUAGUGUUGCUCAUGAAGUCUACAGUGAUACAGGAGUGCAUCAGUUGGUGCCCCUAAAGGACAGUCUGCAGUCCUUUGAAAUGCACGUCAAACAGUGUCUGGAAUGCCUGACGCAGCUAUUGGAGGAUGACGAAGAAAUGUUGGCACUCUUGUUGACCGAACAGGCCAACGCGGAUGAAACGGGAAAAGCUGUAGAUCAUCGGAGACACCAGCAUGUGGAGCUUUUGCUGGGAGUAUACGCUCGGCAACUCAACAAUAUACUCAUGGAAAUCCAAUUCCUGCUGCAGCGAAUCCAGUCCAAGCAAGAAUUUGUGGCCCUGGCGUUGGCGGGAUACCGAAAUCGUUUGGUGAGAAUGAAUGUUCAUAUCAGCAUUGCCACUCUCAGCUUGUGUCUGGGUACCACAGUGGCGGGAUUCUAUGGGAUGAAUGUUGUGAAUGGCUUGGAAGAGUCUACGACGGCCUUUUCGCAAAUUGUCAUGUGCAGCAGCAUUGCAGGGAUUGCUGUGGGGGCUGGGUCGAUGAAUUACCUGAGCGGUAGAACUAUGCAAUCCCGAGCUACGCAACGUUUGCGAGAGAUUGAAACGCUCAGUGGGGCGCUCAGUGAUAUGGGGGCUCUCGACUAUGCUGUCAAAUCAACCUUGGAUCAAGGAACAGUAAUCACGAAGGAUGACUUUCGCAUCAAGCUACGCCAGGCUAGGCAAUCGGGGACAGUAACAGAUGCAGAAGUGGAUCUACUAUUUCACGUUUUGGACACAGUCAAGGAUGGAAUGCUUCGGAAAGAAGAUAUGGAUGCGAUUGGCUUCUCCAACGCUUCCCCCGUUCCGUCCAAUGAGUCACGAACAACAUCGUCGUCAUCAUCAUCAUCCUAA